AUGGCUAAGUUUUUUCUCUUUACUUUACUGAAGGUUCCUGAAGAUACGGUUAUUAUUAGCAAAUUAAAAUUUCAGAUCCUGCUUUCGGCUCUGUUGUCGCUGACAACAGCAAACCCUAUUAUCGUGCCGAAUUUCCACGGGCAAAUAUAUUUUCCGUUUUUUCGAGCUCAACAAUACAACCAACAGCAGCAACAAUUCUACCAACAGCCCCAAGACCAAGCAGUCGAGCGCUCUGACCAAGAGAUUCAACACCAGAACAAUGGCUCUGACUAUGGCAACUAUAACAGUGCUUAUGAUGGACAAGACAAUUCUCAAAAUGACGUACCUCACGAGGAAGAGAGUCAAGGCAAUCAUAACUUUGGCGAACAACAUCAACAGCAUGAUUACUCUUCUUUUGGAGAUUUUAACGGUGGUGGUAGUCAUGAGAUUGAAAGCAAUCCUGAAGGCCGACACGACUCCGGGUUCGAGCCGCAGCAUCACCACCAGCCACAUUACGUACAUAGCGUACCAGUGUCCGAGCACGUCGAAGUGACAAGGCCAGUUGCUGUACCCGUUUACAAGGAAAUUGGAAUCCCAGUACCACAUCCAGUAAAAAUUAACGUGCCACAUCCAGUGACAGUAGGUGUGCCUCAGCCAUAUCCAGUAGCAGUUCCCGUGUCACAGCCCGUGCCUAUACAAAUUAUAAAAACUAUUGCUGUACCAGUUGAAAAAAAGGUUCCUUAUCCAGUGGAGAAACAUGUGCCAGUUCCAGUGGAAAAGCCCGUACCGAUUACUAUUGAAAAGCACAUACCAGUGCCUGUUUACAAGCCGUAUCCUAUUAAGAUCCCUGUGUACAAAACUAUUUACCAUCAUGCUAAAGGACAUGGCGGUGGUCACAGUCAUGGUCAUCACCACAGCUAUGGUCAUGGUCAUGGUCAUGGCUAUUAACAUCUCGUGCGUAAUAAUCGAAAAUAAAGCGAGAUAGAAGUUACUGUUAUUAUCAGAUAAAUUAACAAAAAUUUAAGCGAUAACUGGAGCUUGAACAUUUUUUAGUUAAGCAGAUU